GAACUGCCGGGGGUAGUUCAGAAGUGCUUAAUCCCUGGCAGGAUGCCUUGAUCAGACGCGGACAGUGGGGCCAGCCUGGGGCCCAGAAACAGUGAACAGAGGGCUACCGAGGUCUGCAGGCAGGUCCACGAGAUCCAGUCUCACAUGGGACGCCUGGAGACGGCAGACAAGCAGUCUCUGCACUUAGUAGAAAACGAAAUCCAAGCAAGCAUAGACCAGAUAUUCAGUCGUCUAGAACGUUUGGAGAUUUUGUCCAGCAAGGAGCCCCCUAACAAAAGGCAGAAUGCAAAACUUCGUGUCGACCAGUUAAAGUAUGAUGUCCAGCACCUGCAAACUGCUCUGAGAAACUUCCAGCAUCGGCGCUAUGCAAGGGAACAACAAGAGAGACAGCGAGAGGAGCUUCUGUCUCGUUCCUUCACCACUAAUGACUCUGACACCACCAUACCAAUGGAUGAAUCACUGCAGUUUAACUCCUCCCUCCAGAAAAUUCACCACGGCAUGGAUGACCUCAUUGGAGGCGGGCACAGUAUUCUGGAGGGACUGAGGGCCCAGAGACUGACCUUGAAGGGGACUCAGAAGAAGAUCCUUGACAUUGCCAACAUGCUGGGCUUGUCCAACACAGUGAUGCGACUCAUUGAAAAGCGGGCUUUCCAGGACAAGUACUUAAUGAUCGGCGGGAUGCUGCUCACCUGUGUGAUCAUGUUCCUCGUGGUGCAGUACCUGACAUGAGCCAGCCAUGCCCAGCAGCUGAAUAGUGUUUCCACUGUGUGCAAGUGUGUGUGAGUGUGUGUGCGUGAAAGAAUGGGGGGCUUACGGGCCAGCUUUUGAAAUGUGUGCCUGUCUUAACUCUGAAGACACUUAGGAGUAAUUGUGAUCUAAAUUCAAACAUGCCGUGUUUUCUGUGACAUCUUGGAGGGGGACUGGGGUCACCAAGAUGCAUGGUGCUUAGGAAACGAAAGAAGUCCCUGUUC